GCGAUUGCGUUUUCAGUUCAGCUACGAGCACCUUUUCUUUUCUCUUCCUUUUCUCUUCUCUUCUCACUGUCGUCUGCGCUCUGUGUGCAGUUUUGAUUUGGAUUUUGUCUUCUCCGAUAUAGAAAUCUCAAUUGUUCAACAGAUCUAACUUCUCUCUUCUGAUUCAUGUACAAUUGUUGUUUGUAAGUCCUCUACUAAGAUAACUGAAGUUGCAGUUUGGCAAGGAACAUUUGCUGCAUGUCCUUCAAUGUCAGGGUUAAUUAAUUCAUCCCUUAAUGGUUCAGGAACCAAUCUUUCUGACAGUAGUGGCCGUACUUUUACGACACCUUUCUCUGCUCAACCUGGUGCAGCUUCUCCUGUCUUCCAUCACACUGGGAUGCACAAUCUCCAUGGGAGCUUUAAUGUCCCAAGCAUGCCUCCUGGAUCACAUGUAUCUAGAAACUCCUCAAUGAAUGUUCCUUCAAGUGGCGUUCAACAACCUUCUGCUGGGCGUUUUGCAUCAAAUAAUCUCCAGAUGUCCCAUGGAAGUUCUCAUGGUCACUCAGGAGUUGCAACAAAUCGAGGAGGUGUAAUGAAUGUUAUCGGAAGCCCAGGAUUUAGCAGCAAUACCAGUGGAGUUGGGGGAUCCAUUCCUGGGUUAUUACCAACUUCUGCAGGGAUUAAUAACCGGAAUGCUGGUUCAGGACUUGGAGUACCUCCAAUUAUGGCCAAUACUGGUCCUCGACUUACCAACACAAUGGGAAACAUAUCAGGCGGGGGCAAUAUUGGGAGGAAUAUGAGCACAGGUGGAGGAUUAAAUGUGUCUCUUACUUCUAGGAUGAAUUUGGCCUCCAAUAGUGGUGGUCCUGGAAAUCUAAAUGUGCAAGGUUCAAACAGAAUAAUGAGUAGUGUUCUCCAACAAGCUUCCCCGCAGGUUAUGUCGAUGCUAGGGAACUCAUAUCCUGCUGCUGGAUCUCCAUUGUCACAGAACCAUGUCCAAGCCAAUCUAAAUUCAAUGGGAAUUCUGAAUGAUCUUUCCAAUGAUGGUUCUCCCUUCGAUUUGAAUGAUUUCCCUCAGUUAACUAGCCGUCCCAGUUCCUCAGGAGGGCCCCAAGGACAAUUGGGAUCACUUCGGAAACAGGGACUUGGUGUCAGUAAUAUUGUGCAGCAAAACCAAGAUUUCCACAUGCAAAAUGAAGAUUUUCCCGCUUUACCUGGUUUUAAAGGCGGUAAUGCUGAAUAUAACAUGGAUUUGCAGCAGAAAGACCAAGCCCAUGAAAGUGCGGUGUCCAUGAUGCAACAAUCUCAGCACUUCCCUAUGGGAAGGUCUGCAGGUUUCAACUUGGGAGGGACAUAUUCAUCACAUCGACCACCACCAUCACAACAACAACAUAUGCAAUCAGUCACUAGUAGUGGGGUUUCUUUUCCACCUAUGAGCAAUCAGGAUAUCCUCCACAUGCAUGGCUCUGACAUGUUCCAAUCUUCACAUGCGGGAUAUCCCUCACAGACUAGUGGAGCAUCUUUGGGGUUAAGACCGCUCAACUCUCCCAACACAAUUUCUGGUAUGAGCUCAUAUGACCAACUUAUCCAGCAAUACCAGCAACACCAUAAUCCAUCACAGUUUCGCCUUCAACAACUAUCUACUACAAAUCAGUCAUAUAGAGACCAGGGCUUGAAAUCAUUGCAGGCUGCCGCAGCACCUUCUGCUGCAGCACCUGCUGCUCCUGAUCCAUUCAGUUUACUGGGUCUAUUAAAUGUUGUAAGGUUGAGAGAUGCUGGUGUAUCUUCACUUGCACUUGGAAUUGAUCUGACCACACUUGGCUUGAACCUCAACUCCACGGAGAAUGUUCACAAGACUUUUGGUUCCCCCUGGCUUGAUGAGCCUAUCAAAGGCGAUCCAGAGUUUACUGUACCACAAUGUUACUAUACUAAACAACCACUGAAUUUGAAUCAUACGUAUUUUGCCAAGUUCCCCAUGGACACCUUAUUCUACAUCUUCUAUAGCAUGCCGAAGGAUGAAGCCCAAUUACACGCCGCAAAUGAACUGUAUAAUAGGGGUUGGUUCUAUCAUAAGGAACUCAGGCUAUGGUUUACAAGAGCUCCUAACAUAGACCUAGCAGUUAAGACGAAUUCUUACGAGAGAGGAACGUAUAUCUGCUUUGAUCCAAAUUCAUGGGAAACUAUCCGCAAGGAUAAUUUUGUUAUCAACUAUGAAUUAGUGGAGAAAAGACCAACUCUUCCUCAACAACAUUAACAACUCAUUGCAUGUUAUGUUACAUAUUACAUUGUAUAUCGUUGAAGCUCUUCUUUGUUGGCAGGCAGCAGAAGUCGUUAAUGUCUUCCUUCUUAUAGAGUCGUCCUCAUCAAUGACACCAUUGUAAGCAGUUGUUGCAUAGAUAGUUCUCUUUUAUUUCAUCUCACCCAAAUCUUGUGUCUUAUUUUAAGAUAUGCAGAUUUAGGUUUUUUCAGUGUUUAGAGAUGUUGUUUACUCUUUUUUCGCCUCUUAAAGCUAUUAUAUGUUGAAAGUUUAACAAAGAUUAUUUGGGUAAUAUCAUUGUGUUUUUUUU